UCUUUAGAUAAAUACGCUAUUUUCCAUUGGCUCUUAACCGCUGCCACCUCCUCCUCUUCGACCACCACCACCACCACCACCACCACCACGAUCACCACGCAAUUCCAUUCUAUGGCUGAGUUGACUCAGCCCGAGGUCGUCUACUCACCUCGCUCUCUUCAACUGUGGAGGACGCUUUGGAAUUGGCUUGCUUUCUUCUUCCAGAUCUUCCUCCAGAUCCUUCGAGCCUUAGGCCACCUUCCUCUCCUCUCUUCUUCUUCAUCUUCUAACUCUUUCAAGCCUUUGCCAGUCGUUGAGUUGCCGGAGACUGACUCUGUCGCCACUCUUGAGAUCACCGCCGGACCUGACUCCGCUCUUGCCGAUGAGGCGAUCAAAAAACUCACCGUGGUUCUGGACUUGGAUGAAACACUAAUAUGCGCAUAUGAGACAUCUAGUUUGCCAGCUAUUCUCCGUAAUCAAGCAACUGAAGCUGGACUGAAGUGUUUUGAACUGGAAUGCGUAUCUUCAGACAAGGAAUGUGAAGGGAAACCUAAGAUCAAUUAUGUUACGGUGUUUGAGCGUCCAGGGUUGGCUGAAUUCCUAAAGCAACUGAGCAAAUUUGCUGAUUUGGUGCUGUUUACUGCUGGCCUUGAAGGUUAUGCUAAACCUCUCGUGGACAGAAUAGAUACAGAAAAUCUAUUUAGCCUUCGCCUUUAUCGGCCUUCAACAGUUAGCACGGAGUAUAGGGAGCAUGUGAAGGAUCUCUCUUGUCUAUCGAAGGAUCCUUGCCGGAUUGUUAUAGUUGACAACAAUCCAUUUAGUUUCUUGUUGCAACCAGUGAAUGGAAUUCCAUGUGUUCCUUUUUCUGCAGGUCAACCAUAUGAUACACAGCUUCUGGAUGUUCUCCUUCCACUCCUUAAGCGCCUCUCUGAUCAGAAAGAUGUAAGACCUGUGCUAUAUGAAAGAUUCCACAUGCCCGAAUGGUUUCGAAAUCAGGGAAUCCCUGUCUCUGGUUGGACAUAGUAGGAUAAAGAUAGAAUGCUUUCUACCGUCCUUUUUCUAUGCAGACAGGCAUCAUUUUCUGCGGAACGCACAAUUUGUAUAGCAUUAAUUUGAAUGCCAGAGGCAUUCAUGAAAAUCAGAGUGCUUUCAGUUUCAGAAAAAGGAAUUCAUCUGCUGCUUUCAUCAGCCAAAUUGGCACAACAGUAAUUUCUCUAGAUUUCUUGAUACUCUGAUUCUUUUUUGUAAUUCUGUUUACGUGUUCGCAGUCCUGUUGAAUGUUUAUGUAUCUUUCUCAUUUUUGUAAAUUGUAUUUUAUCAAUGAUUAUUAGUAGUUCACAUAUUUCUGAUUCUUAUA